AUGGCGCAUCGAGACAUGGAAAUCAUGCCAUGGGAGUGUCGUGACGUUGAGGACCAGGCCGAAGCUCACUACAAUCAUCCGCUUCGAUCCAAGAACAAGGCGCUUGCCGACGAGAAUGCGAGACUGAAGAAGCUUCUCCGCGACAACGGCAUCACCUGGUCGCCCAUCUCUGCGGCGUACCAGAAGCAGAACCGCGCUGGUCGACGCACUCGUUCAUCCAUCUGCUCCGAGACUCAUCCGUAUCCGUAUCUGCCAACCGAAGUCUUGCUGCGCAUCCUGAAGUACUCUUUGACGUCCAAGUACUAUAUCAUUGAUCCUCUGUCAAAGCUUAAGCCCGAGAACCUAACCCCUCAGGAGAGAAGUCGCAGCAACCAGAUUGCUAUCCACUUCUUGGCGACAUGCAAGGCCAUGCACGAGGAGGGCAGUCGCAUUCUGUGGAGCCAGAACUCCUUCGCAUUUACAACGCACGAAGCCGUUCGGAACUUUACCGAUCUGGACUUUGCGUACCGCAAGAACAUCAAGCAUAUCGAUUUUCGCAUUAUUGCCCAGUUCUUCGACGAUAAGAAGCGUAAGCACAAGCUGGAGCGAUCUUACCAUCCGGCCCUCAAGAGCGAUAUCACACUGCGGACAAUCCCUCGCAUCAAUGAGCAUACCUACGCCCGCGGUGGCUUCCGCUGCUAUUCUUGGGGUCAGGUGACCGACUUCUUGCGCGCCCUCCGUGCCCCUUACGACCCGAAGCACGACAGGAAGCUUGUUCGCCCGAGGCUCUUCCCGGGACUCGAGUCUCUCAGAAUCGACCUCGUCAAUUUCUUGGACGACUUCCUACCCAUGCCUGGCAGCGAUCUACACGACAUGGCUUCCCACGAGCUGGGUUGCUCACUCAACGAGCUGCAAGUGACUGGCUUGCCCAUAGACGACGCAGGCAGCAAGGCGACCGCUGAGCUCACCGGUCUCUUGCGUGACGAGGGCCUUUUCCUUGCUGGUCUUCCCUCCUUUGUGCAAUUGAAGAAUGCCUUGAAGCCCCUUCCGGGUAUCUCUAGCUGCGCCCGUGUCGUUCGAGCUUGGAAGACGUUGAAGCCAAAGAAGGGCAGCGAUGGUUCCUCUGCGGACGACAUUGACUCGGAUUCGGAGUCUGAUUUGGGCCAUCACCAUCCCCGCGAACCCAUCAUGCCGCCUGCUCCUCAGGAGAACGGCCAUCCCAAGUCUGCACCCAACCGCAAGGAUCUCACCAUCUGGAAGAAGGUUCCCAAGACUCGAGAUGGCGAGGAACGUCAGUGGACAGAAUUCUGCCGUAGCAGUGGCUAUCCUAUGGAAGACAUUGAAGAGAUGAUGGGCGAUGAUGAUGAGCUUGGCGUCUGCCCCUGUUGCGGCGAGCCCCAUCCUAGUCUCCUUGACCUUCUCGAGCUCGAUGAGGACGAGCUCUGA